AGUUAAUUAGUUUUGAUAUGCUGGCUGGGACUCGGUCCAAGAGCGACAUACAAAUGUUUCCGUCUCCCCUUCCUAUCGGCCGCCCCAGCAGAUCGACGUCCCAAUAUCGCGCCGAUCGUCUGCCCAAAGACCCAUCUCCGUCCUCAUGAAAGACCCGGCCUUCGUCGACGACAGCCUCGAGUAUGUCUUGGUUCGCACCCAAGACGUCCAGCCCCAAAAGGAGGCUCUGCGACAGGUCUCGGAGCUGAUCGUCGAAGCCCUUGGCAACGAGUCCUUCUCGACUGCAAUGUUCCCAGACCCUCGUCUGCGACCCAGGCUGGUGCCUUGGGUCUUCUAUCGCCGCUUGCUACUGAGUCUCCCGGCCUCGUACGUCCUGCUGCGUCGCAAGCCCACGAACCAGCUCAUCCUCGAGUCCGGCGACCGCAUCUACGGCCAUAUGGCCGCCUCGUCGCCGGAUACCCAGGCCAUGUGCAAGCCCUCCCUGUGGACCAUGCUCAAGCUCGGCCUCUGGAUGUGGCCCUUCCUCUUUAACUGGGUCUCGAUCAUCCACUUCUUCCGCUGCAUGGACGCCUGGGACAGCCAGAUCAAGCACCGACUCUCCAACGCCUGGGUGUUCGAGCAGGUUGCAGUUCCCAGCGAUCUCCGAGGCCAGGGGCUUGGUUCCAAGAUGCUCAGGCUGUGUCUCGAUACCAUCGUUGACAAGCACACCCGUGUGGUCCUCACCACCCAGCGCGAAUCCAACGUCCGCUUUUACAAGCGAUUCGGCUUCCAGAUCGUCGAGGACGACACUGUCCACUACCCGCAGAACCUGAGCUUCCGAAACUGGGUUAUGCAAGCGCAUCCCCAGUAGCUUGAGGCUAGUCUUUGUCAGGCCCUGGAGCAGCGGGAGCGAGCACAGCCUCUCUUGGUUCUCCAUGAAAGCAGAGCCCCACAGCCGCUUUGAAUAUUGAAGCUUGAAUAUAUUGCAGUCUGAAUAUAUUGCGUGUCAUCUCGGCGCAUUCUUGGGGUCUUCUACCGAGGCACGGCGGUGU